AUGGCGGGACACGGACACUAUAGUCUUGAGGGCAAAUUUCUCAAGCUUGAUGGCUUACGAGGUCUCUUAGUCGAGAAUGCGGAACGCAGACGCAAGGUUGUUAGAAGAUGCAAUUGGUACAUGUUCAGCAAUCCCGAAAUCAGGGGGCGUAUUGGAAGUAUAAACGAGUUUUUCAGGCUCUGUCAAACUGCCGUAUCUAAUCCACCCCCUGAGCAGGAGAAACCAAACGAGGAAAUUGCGAAAAAUCCUCCUUCGCAGUCUUUCUAUCUCAAGUACUUCGAACCGCAGCCUGAGGGUAGUCCAUACUGGUUCAUGCGACAAGAUCUCAUUUCUGCCAAGUCCAUUCACAACAUUCUUUCGAAAGCCUGGGGAAGAUGGAAGAAUGUGAGUACUCGAGCAGCUCAGGUCUCCGAAGCCAUAGACAGUAUUUCAAGACCAAAUCGCAUUAAGAGGGUGGUCUGUUUAGGGCUCGGCCCUAUCCUAACAGCGCUUCCUCAUAGCCUCGGAGAGGAUGUUCCAGAUAAACUCUCUCCACGAAAUGUUGCCCAGCACUGCUUAGCAAUCGCCAUUGUCAACCAACUAGAAAGAAAGACGGGCCGACGAAUCAGUCUUUAUACAGCGGAUCUUGGAUACACACCUCAACACAAGGUUGCCCUUGAGAGUUCAACUAUUGCUCAUUUCGUUGUACUCGACCCGAGUUACGGGAAGCAUGAACAAUUUACAUUUAUUGAUGACAAUACCAUGGUUAUCGAUUUUACCGGGCCACCAGACUGUCCGGCAAUGUCCAUAAUUGAAGAGUACGCACGACCGAUCGUAAUCAUAACAUCGAAGAUUCCCCAAGCAGGGCAAUAUCAGGAUAGGCAAUGGUUCGAGGUUACAGAGAAGGAUGGUAAUAAGGUUAAGGUACCUGGAUGCGCUAACCUCCCACUUCCAGAUGGGAUAAAUAUUGGCACAUUAUGUCCCAAGCGCGUCCGGGAUAUGAUGGUUCAUGAAUACAGAAUAGAAAGCAAAUUCCCAGCAGAGGAUCCAAACCUUGAGUGGACUUGGGGUCAAAACGAUCUGGUGGAUUAUGGAUCUCGAGAUAGGUCCAGCGCCGAUGGUGGUUACUACUGGUUUUCGGACACACGCAUGUAUGUCCGCAAGCAUUAA